AAAUUUGCCGACACCAUGAUGCUGUCUCGUCUGUCCCAAGCAAUGCGCGCCACGCGCAACCUCUCGACCAAGUCGUGGCUUGAGUCUGUGCCCAUGGGCCCUGCCGACCCCAUUCUCGGGUUGACGGACAAAUUCAACAAGGACACGGAUCCGCGCAAGGUGUCGCUCGGCGUUGGUGCCUACCGCGACGACAACGGCAAGCCAUAUGUGCUUCCAUCCGUGUGGGAGGCCGAAGAGCGCCUCCUCAAGGCCAAGAAGAACAAAGAGUACUCUGGCAUCGGUGGUACCAAGGACUUUGUCGACUUGUCGUUGAAAUUUGCUUACGGUGACGACUCGAAAGCUCUCCGUGACGGCCGCAUCGUGGGUGUCCAAACUAUUUCGGGCACUGGUGGUUGCCGUUUGGCGGGUGAAUUCUUCUCCCGCUUCCUCGGCAAAAACACGCCCAUCUACCUUCCCAACCCCACAUGGGGCAACCACAUCCCAAUCAUGAAGGACGCUGGAUUAGACGUGAAGCGUUACUCUUACUUCGAACCUGCGUCGCGCGGUUUGAACUUCUCUGGCUUGAUCAGCGACCUGCAAGGCGCGCCGUCGAAGUCGGUGUUCCUUCUGCAUGCGUGCGCACACAACCCCACCGGUGUGGACCCGUCUCCCGAGCAAUGGAAGGAAAUCUCGGCUGUUAUGAAAGCCAAGGAGCACAUUGCGUUUUUCGACUGCGCGUACCAAGGCUUUGCAUCUGGCGACGCCGACCGCGACGCUGCCGCCGUCCGCCAGUUUGUUGAAGACGGCCACAACGUGGUGCUGUCGCAAUCGUACGCCAAGAACUUUGGCUUGUACGGUGAGCGCGUGGGUGCGUUGAGCAUUGUGUGCAAGGACGCGGAAGAAGCUGCCCGCUGCGAGUCUCAAUUGAAAAUCUUGAUCCGUCCGACCUACUCGAACCCACCCAUCCACGGCGCACUCAUUGUCUCGACCAUCCUCGGCGACGAGAAGCUCAAGAAGCAAUGGUACUCGGAGUGCAAGGGCAUGGCCGAUCGCAUCAUCUCGAUGCGCCGCCUGCUCAAGGAAAACAUUGGCAAAGUCGACGGCUCGACGACCGAAUGGAACCACAUCACGGACCAAAUCGGGAUGUUCUGCUACACGGGCUUGACCGAGCCCCAAGUUGAUCGCAUGAUCACCAAGCACCACAUCUACUUGACCAAGGACGGUCGCAUCAGCAUGGCUGGCGUCACGUCCAAGAACGUCGAGUACAUUGCCCAGAGCAUUGCCGAAGUCGUCCAACACGCGUAAUCUUAAUGCCAUUAUCUCGUCGGUUCUCGCGCUCGUCAAA